UCGAGCUUUCAAAAUCCCAAUCGGCCACCAUUGUUGCGAUUGAACCUUGUGCAAAGUUUUACGAAGUUUGCAUUUUUUAGAUAACUAUUAGUGGUUUUUAAGUUUUUUCUUACGUAAACAUAGUGAAAGAUAUUCUGCGAAUUUAAAUCAAGUAUCAAAAAUAACCUCUAGUGCAUAUUUUCAAACGCUUAACGCGAUCAAAAUGUCACGCGAAGUGAGCAUCAGAUCCGUGAACACCAUACCACACUCGAAAUAAAAGUGAUUUAUUUUGAAAUAAGCGUAUCAAAAACUGUAAAUAAGUGUUGUUAUCAUGCCAGGAUGCUUAUAAGAAAUGAUAGUUACAUGUGACACAAACGUGCGCCGAUGAAAACAUUUAAGAAAUUUCUGUACACGUCGUAAAGGAGCGCAGUUACGCGGGUGAAAACUUUAAACUCGCCGGUAUCAUUAUGGUGGACUGAAGUAACAAUUGUUGGAGCAUUGGAAUUCAUUGAGUGAUUAAAGUGCCCUGAGGCUUCCGCACACAAUGUCAGGCGGGUCGCAACAUAACCCGAACGGAAGGCAAUCACAGCUUGGUAGUGGCUGGAGUCCUUUGCAGUUACAGGUGGCGAAUCUGCUAGCGCGCGCGCCGCAAGCGCACAUGGCGUCCGAGCGAGGCGUGACGUGGCACACGCCGACGCCUCCUCCCCACCUCUACCACGUGCCGGCGCCUUCGCCCCCCGAUCCGUUGCAAGCCAUGAAGGCGGGCGGCAACUCGGUGUUCCGGCACACGGCGACGCCACCUGAGCUAUACCGGCAUACCCCCACGCCGCCAGAUAAACAUUUGUUAAGGCAUACACCGUCACCUGGUGAUGUCAAAGCAGGUUCGGCGAUACCGCCUGCAGACUUGUACCCGCAUUUAGGACCUAGCAGAGAUAAGCUAGUCCGCGCGGAAGAGCUCCUAGCGUACGCGCGCGGCGGCGUCGACCUCACAGUCGGAUCGCGGGGCGCGAACGGCUCCCCCGCCCCGCACACCGCGCCCUCCCUCUCGGUGCGCGAUGCGCCCACGAUCAACAGUCUGAUCGCGCGCGCCGCGCCGCACGCACGUCCGUCGCACGCGCGGGUCGACGCGCUACUGGAGCGGCUGUCGGCGGCGCCGGCGCCCGCGUCGCCCCACUCGGUGAUCGUGCACUCGCGGGCAGCGCCGACGCCCUCGCCGCCAUCGUCUAAUGAGGACUCAGCGGACUCAUGCGGCGCGCCGCCCGGCUCGAAACGGAAGCGGAAACCGGAGCGCACGAUACGCGUGCCCGUGCCCCCUCCCCCCGCGCCCGCGCCGGCCCCCUCCCCCGUUGCCCCCGCCCCUGCGCCCGCCGCGCCCCGCGCCCCCACCCCGCACACACCCACCCCUCCCCGCGGCACUCCCACCCUCCCGCUAGAAAACGGCGACGCGCACGCACACAAUGGCCCGCAUAAACCGGAUAGACCCCCCUCUCCCCCGCAACAGCCAGAACCUCACGCCCGCAGAAAAACCCGCGCCGACUCCGCAGAGACCAUAGACGAUAUCGCCGCUAUGAUCGCCAACACGGAGCGCGGGUCGAGAGAUAUACCCGAACCACCGCCGCUGCCAAUCGAACCGGACACCCCAGUUACCAUCGACAAGCUAAAAAGUGUCUUAGCCAGCCCUGAACCGGAAAAAUCGCCGACACACGAAAAACCACCAGAAAUAACGCCAAAAUCACCCCCGAAAUCACCGCCCAAAUCGCCCAAGGAAAUACUAAAGUCGCCACCGAAAAAAGAUGAUCUGGAACCUCCUCCAACAGCCGCGGCACCGAGACGCAGAAGUGCAAGAACGAACUCGGAAUCGACUAACGUUCCUGUUGAAUCACCGUCUGAAGCAAAGCCAGCGGAGCCAGAAGCGAGCGAAACGAAAACAGCAGAACCGACUUCCGCUAGUUUUGUUGAAGUCGAAAACCAGUUAGAGAAAAUGUUUGCGGGUAUAGAAGAAGUACCCGCGGAAUCUAAAGUGGACGAAAAGGCAACGAAAGCGAGGAAAAGACGGAAAUCGGCACCAACUAAAGGGGAAAAGAAGGCAUCGAAACGGUCGAGUAGACGGUCUACGGGAGACGAGCCCGCGAGACGGAAGGUCGCGAGGAAAAAGAUGGGGAAUAAAAAGGAGGCGGUCAAGGAUGCGUAUGAUUCCGGAAGCAAUGCUAGUUCUAGUCGGUCGAGAGGCCCGUAUAUACAGAUCGUGGGUCCGCGCGACUCGCCCGUGUCGGUGUCGGUGGUGAACGCGACGGACGAGGAGCGGCGCGGCGGCGAGGAGUGGCGCGGCGUGCGCGCGCGCGGCCUGCACGCCAGCACGCUGGGCCUGCGCUACGACGCGGCCACGCCCGACGCCACGUGGCGCUGCGCCUUCUGCGAGCGCGGCCCGCACGCCGCCGCCCUGGGCGACCUGUUCGGGCCCUACACCGCGCCCACCGCCUGCGCCGAGUACAGGGCGUUAGACGAAGCGUCGCAACAACGCUUCCCCACGGUAGAGGGCGGCGUGGAGGUGUGGUUCCACGAGGCGUGCGCGGUGUGGGCGCCCGGGCUGGUGGCGGCGGGCGCGCGCGUGUGGGGCCUCGCGCCCGCCGUGUGGGGCUCGCGGGGCUCCAGGUGCGCGCACUGCGCCGCGCCCGGGGCCCCGCUGGCCUGCGCCGCGCGCCCGUGCCGCGCCCGCGCGCACCUGCCCUGCGCCAAGGCCAACAAGUGGCAACUGGACAAUGACAACUUCAGUGCCACGUGUCCCCGCCACGCCUAGCGAUCGCCCCGCCCCCCACACACUGCCAGUUGAUGUGCGUAGUGCCGCGUGAUCGAGUGUAGUGCCGUGUAGUGAGUUUCCAGUUACCGACAGACCGUGCAUCGGGACACAGACUUUUGGUUCUCGUUAUCGUAUAGGGACCAAUGAACGUUUCGGAUGAUGUCUCGCCGUGGUGUUCGUCGCUCGUCUUUAAUAUGAAUCCUCGUAAGUGCUAAUGAGCAAUACUGUUCGCUGUGAAAACCCUGUUCGACUGUAACAUAUUCGCCGGUGCAAAUCAUGUUUUAGCACAAAUUAUUUCUAUGUGAUAGAUGCGCGCGAUACGUAUGAGUGUGUUGGAUAUUGAAAUUUUAAUAAUUGUAUCUUUUAUGACGUUGUUACGAGAGUUUUGUAUCAAAUUUUACGAAAUUUUGUUGACGUUAACGCUGUCAAUACUCAAAGCUGACUUUCAGUGAACUUAGUUUCCAUGAACUGUACAUAUUGUAUCUGACGAUGGAAUCUCUAAUCAAGUUGCGUUAAUGCCCUUAUGAUAUAGUUUUUUAUUGCCAAAUAAGUGCAACUAUUGCCAGCGAUCGGUUUAUCUCUUUUUGUUUUAUCAAGUUGUCAUCAGGGUGUUCUGAUGCCAAAUUGCUUACAGGUUGAGGAUCAAACAUUUGUUUUGUAUUGUUAAAUAUAACCCAGUGACAAUUCUCACAACUAGACAAACAAUUAUAUUCUUUAUUGUGACUAUGGGCUAUGAAUAAAUUAAGGUGAAAAUCAAUGUAAUUUCAUUCCAGGAUUAUCCUAUUUGUAUCAAUCGAGACAGGAGAAUUAUGAAGUUUGGAAAUCUCACUAAUACCAAGUACAUAUAUCUAAUUGUAGUAUAGAAAAUUGUAGAUAUAUACUUUGUUAAAGUUUUAGAUCUAAUUUAUUCAUUGCAGUGACAUUUGUAAAUAGAUACACAGCUGUCGGAACGGAAUGUACAUAUAGUUAAAAUGUAUAUAGCAGUUUAUAGCAUCAGGACACCAUAAUAUUUAUAAUGUAUAUAUAGUAUUGUUGUAAGUUAUGUGAUCAAUUCAUGGAAAGUAAAACUAUUUUGACAGAUUAAGACAUGUGAAAAAGAAUCAUUAACAUUGUAUUUAAUAAAAUUGUUAGUUUUCUCGCUUGAGUUUAACAUUUUUAAGGACUACAUAAAAAUCUUAGUCUAAUUGUGAUAAUUACUAGGAAUUUGUGAACUGACAAAAAAUUGGCUGAUCAAAAACAAAUUUUUUUUUAUUUUAUAUUUUUACAUGUAGUUUAACUGUUUAAUAACUAAUCAUGCAAUUAUCAAAUACAUAAAUUGUUUGAAAUAGUCGUAUUUUCCAUGGCAUCAAAUGUGGAGACAGUAUUUACCAUACACUAAGCAAAGAGUGUCCAUAAAAAUAAAUUUAGUGUGAAAUGGCUUCUAUUGCAACGUUGCAGGCGAUAUUAUUGUUAAUUGUGUUUCAAAUACGCUUUUCUAAGUUUAUUAUUAUGGUUGCUCUAUAUAUUAUAAGGUUAUGAAAGUUUACAAUAAAAUAUUAAACAUUUUACAUGUCUUCUCUAUUUAUCUCUUCUAAACUCUCUUAUUGGCUAUUCAGUUAGUUUAAAAAGUACAACAGUAUAAGGUUUCGACCUCUACUAAUAAAUUAGCUCUUAAUCUUAUUUAAAGUUUGUUGUAAACUUUCAUAGAACUAGGAGAAUAUAAAAAUUGUUUACAGCAUGAUGUAACAAUGCAGUGAUAUUAAAAGUAAUGAAAUAAAACAUUUACUUGUAUCUACCAUGUUUAUGUACUUCUAAACAUUAUUGCCAUUGAAUCUGAACUAGUCCGUGGUUUUGAGAUGAAAUUGCUGGAGUAGAUACAUCCGCAUCACAGCGCUGAAAGUAGGGUAGAUAAUACUGAUCCAACAAAUAUAUUUUCUGGUAAAAAGGAAGAUUAUAAUGAGGAUAUGGUGGAAGGAAGUGGGUUUUGAAAGUACACUAAAUAUUAUUGAGAGGUGGCAGUUCAAUUAUUUGUGCUUCAAUUUGUAUUUUGGUCUCGAAAUUAACAACAAAACUUUAAACAUCUGCUAUGGUAAACUUGAUAAGUGCAGUGCAGAUUUCUACAUUUUAAUUGGUCGAAAUAAUACUCUUAAGGCAUCCAAGAAAUUCAUUCAAUUCUAUACACUACACUGAUGGGUACUUAAUAUUGCUACUCAGUAUGAGAAAGGGAUUUUUUUAUUUUUAUAGCCAGAGCAGAGUGGUAUGAAUUUUAUUGGAUAGAAAAUGUACUACCUACUCGAAGUAUCAUUAGCUGCUUAAUUAAAUUUUAUCUAAAGAGAAUUAUAUAAGCAGCUGUUGGGCCACCCUGACGACAGCAUCAGCUGCUGUUUUAGUCGAAUAUAAAAUUAAUCAUGUACUUUAAUUCCAGAGAAUUAAUAGAAAAUAGACUGUAAUUAGAGAAUAUUAAGGUACAAAUUUAUAGUAGGGAUGGAAUGAAAUCAGGCCAGUUUAGUGUUUUUAAAAAAGUUUAUUCGGACAUUGACGCGAACAAUAUCGGAUACUCCCAAACAAAGCCUUCAUAUUGUAAAUGGUGUAAGACUUUUUUUUAACAAUUAUGGCAAAUGAUUACUUUAAGUAUGUAAUUGUUAUAAAUUAUAUUUAUCAUGACAUUAUAAGCAAAUUGAAAUACAACAUGUUUAAAACGAA